AUGUGGGCACUGCCGUAUGGGAGCAGUAUGGCAGGGAGCACGGGAUUGACCCGAGCGAUGGGCGCCUCGUGGUGGACGAUGGGUCCCACGCACCUCCGCCGGCCUACUAUCACGAGACGGAGAAGGGGUGCUACAGGCCUCGUUAAUGCGAUCCAACGGUCCGACGCCGGCACCAUGUUCGAUGAGUCCUCGUUCAUGUACGCCCACGCCGACAACGCUGGUAUAUAUUCGCGAGCCGUUUACACCAACGGCACCGAGCACAAGGAGGCAGUCUUGGAGCGCCUCCGAAAGCUGCAGGAACAGUGCGAUUCUGGGCUGCUGCUCUAUCGCUCAGUGGGAGGCGCGACUGGUGCUGGCUUAUGUGAGCGCCUCUUGCACGACACUCUUCCUCGUGUGAUCGACUUCUGCAUCCUGCCAUUCCUCGAGAGCCCGAAUUCGAUCUUAGAGCCUUAUAACGUGGUACUGGGCCUUGGAUCGCGCCCGUCCCUGUCCUUCGUGUUCGGGAAUGAUGCCUUGGGUAAGAUGUGCCAAGAUCAGCGUCACGAUGGCUUGCGCCCAACAUUUCGAGAUAUCAACAAGCUGGUCGCACGAACCAUAUCCACUAUAGCCAAGGGCUUGACGUGUUGGACCCACAGCACUUGGUGCCCCACGCCGACCUGCCUUUCGUGUCAUGCUACCAUGCUCCGCCUAGCACAAGAGGGCGGCGCCGAGCAAGAGAUCAAGUUGAUGGCCUUGUGCCUUCUCUAUCGCGGCCGGAACAUGGCUAUCGACGAGGUGCGCGUGGCGGUGGAGCGGCUAAAGUCCGAUUCGCGGCUGACGUGGGCCGAUGGCUCCAACAAGUUCGCAUGCAGCGUGCUGGAUCAGGACCACGAGACGUCGUGUGUCGCCGUUGCCAACUCGAGUCUGUUCGUCAGCUACCUGACGAAGCUGUUGGCCAAAUUCAAGUUCUUGUGGAACCCUCGAGCCUACACGUCGCGGAUCGUUGGCGAGGGUAUGUCGUCGCGCGAGAUUAAUGAAGCGCUGUACAACGUCGAACAGCUGGUCGAGAACUACUCGUCCUGCGACCCACCCAAACCCUGGCCGCGCCGGUGA